AUGCAUGAGGGUAUGAUGCAAUCCCACGGCAGCUUCGAUCGCUUUCAGAUGGUGGGAGUGCCUGCAGUACCUUCCAAAUCGCAGGUUGACUCCAGCGGGCCAUGGCAAGUCAUGAAGCAGCUGAAGAACCCCGUCACGAGACAGAAGGUUCUUCAGCUGCAAACUUUGGUGCUUGGGGUGGACCGCAAAGACCUGGUGUUCAAGUCAGCCACAAGGAUGCAGGGGUUCGCCAUCAAAGACGUUUCUCACAUCAAAGUGCUUGAAAAGCAGGUCCUGGAGAUUCAUUUUGGGAUCAUGGGGAAAGCUAAGAACGUGGUUCACUUCUUCUGCAAAGAGGACAUGCAAGGCUUCAUCCAGGCGUUCUGUGCAGAGAGGAAGCCGAAGAGGAUAUCUGACGGGCAAGGAGCUCGAAUGGUCUUCACCUUCACAGAGAGCAUGUACGGGCAGAUCAUGCGCUCGAAGGCGGUGAUGAAUUGGCAGAAGCGAAUCAAGAUGGACAAGUACAUGAUUGUCAGAGAGAACCCAGGAAUUUUCACGCUCUUCAAGCUGUGGAUCGGCAAGAUCACCAGCGGGGAAGACCACAAUGGCAUCUACAGCUCAAUGCAGAAGGGAUCAAAGUACAUCCUGCACCCCAUGGCACCGCUCGCGAUCUUCUUUGGACUUCUGUCAGGAAUUUUCCUGCUCUACACUGCAAUCGUGCUCCCCUUCACGCUCGCUUUCUUCUGGGACCUCCGGCAAUGCGAGAGUUCGCCAACUCUGUACAUCGACAUGGUGGUGGACGUCUACUUCAUAUUUGAGAUCGUCCUUGCCUUCUUUGUUGGCAGGCAGACUAGGAGGGGAUACCUGGAUAACCAUCGUUCCAUUGCCAAGGAUUACAUGCUAUCCGGAGAUUUUGCCUUCGACAUCUUCACCUCGCUUCCAAUUGCAUGGCUCGAGUUUGCAGAGAAGCUAACGUGUGACCGAGCGAACAGCAACUCGCGCGUGUACCUCCUCCUCCGUGUGCUUCGCGUGCUGAAACCAUGGAGGCUGAUCCGCCUGCUCAAGAUCAUGCGGCUCAACAGCAAGAAGGUGAUGAAUCUACUCUACAACUCUAUGAUGAUCAAGCCCGACUCUGUCCGGCUGACCAAUCUCGCCUUCGGUGUGCUCAUGUGCAUCCAUCUGGGGUCCUGCUUCUUCUGGAUGAUCAAGUACCACACACACACUGCGAUUGAGCUGGGAGAGUUCAUGCUCGAGUACAACAUACCAGAGCCCGCUGGAUGUGAACCCGACGACAAGAUCUGCAGAUGCACCAACGCCUGGUCGAUCUUCUUGACCUGCUUCUACUUCGUCACCACCGUCUUGACAACCGUCGGCUUCGGCGACAUCAACGCGACCAACGAUGCCGAGCGCAUCUUCGUCGUCCUGCUCGAGCUCUGCGGAACGGUCGUGUUCGCAACGAUCAUGUCCUCCCUGUCGUCAGUCUUGGCCAAUAUGACAGCGAAGGAGCGGGCGAGGGAUCACUGUAUCGAGACCGCGCGGAACUACCUGAUGGGGCACAACAUCGACAAGCGGUUGAUGCAAAGGAUCCUCGGGUGGAUGGAGUUCAAGCACAGGCUGCUCGCAGACCGCGGGGAGAGAGAGUCGCUGAUGGGGAUGCUGCCGGCUGGUCUCAGGGAGGAUCUGAUGUUGGACCUGAACCAGAAGUUCCUCUACGGCAUCCCGAUGUUCUUCCAUGUCGGCAAGGGCUUCCUCGGCCAGCUCGCGGCAAAGAUGCAGUUUGCGGAGAUGCUGGAGGGGGAGAAGGUGCUGCAUUACGGGGAGAUGUGCGACACCCUCUAUAUCAUCUUCAGCGGGCAGUGUGCGUUGCUCAACGCCAAGGGAAAGUUGAUCGUGAAGAUGGAACGAGGGGAUUUCUUCGGCGAGUUCGAAGUCCUCCAACCCAGGGUGCAAGACUUCGAGGUCGUCGUUAUGCAGCAGUCGCAAAUCUCCUUCGUUACCAAGGCGGAUCUUGAUGAGGUCUUGCUGGACUAUCCGAUGCUGGAAAGGAAGCUGCGAGACAUCGCGAGCAAGAACAAGUCUGCCUACUCCUACGUCGGGAGCGCCUUCGUGACCAAUAGGACCAAGGCAGACCUCAAGGCAGAGCACAAGGGAGCAUCACUCUCGACCAUUAAGAAGAUGCAGGACCUGAAAGAUGCCAAGGGAAACAAGCAGAACUCCCUCACGGACCUCUGCACCUCCGUCGAUGCCGCCAUGUCGUCGGAGAACGACGCGGCCCUCCGCUGGAUCAUCCUUUCUUCGCGCAUUCUGCGCGCAAUCAACAGCGAAGACUCCUGCAACAGGCUGAUGAACCGUCUGGUCCACUUCUCCUACAGCAUGUACGGAGUGAACAACCCCAAGAACGUGGACGAGAACGCUGACAACGUCGACGGCGACGACCACAGUGACAUCUCUGACUGCAGCCUUGAGUCCCAUGAGGAUAUGGUCGUGCCGAAGCUGCUGGUGGAGAAGUUUGGAGAGGAGAAGGAGGGAGUGGAGGACGUGAAGGGCGCAAAUGGGGGAGUGCAGGAGCAGGAGGAGGAAAGACUGAACGGAGAGGAUCCGAGAAAGCACUCGCUCUCGGAGAUCUUGAAGGUAAGGAAGAAGAUCGAGAUGAUAAAGAAGGGUGAGCUAGAGCUAGAGCUAGAGCUAGAGCUAGAGCUAGAGCUAGAGCUAGAGCUAGAGCUAGAGCUAGAGCUAGAGCUAGAGCUAGAGCUAGAGCUAGAGCUAGAGCUAGAGCUAGAGCUAGAGCUAGAGCUAGAGCUAGAGCUAGAGCUAGAGCUAGAGCUAGAGCUAGAGCUAGAGCUAGAGCUAGAGCUAGAGCUAGAGCUAGAGCUAGAGCUAGAGCUAGAGCUAGAGCUAGAGCUAGAGCUAGAGCUAGAGCUAGAGCUAGAGCUAGAGCUAGAGCUAGAGCUAGAGCUAGAGCUAGAGCUAGAGCUAGCGCUAGCGCUAGAGCUAGCGCUAGCGCUAGAGCUAGAGCUAGAGCUAGAGCUAGAGCUAGAGCUAGAGCUAGAGCUAGAGCUAGAGCUAGAGAUAGGAGGAGAACGAGCGGCAGCAGCAGCUGGAAUGUGGGAGCGAGGUGGAAAGAAUGGGGAGGGCGGGGGAGGGGGGGGGGGGGGUAAGGGGGAAUUGCAAGAGGAAAAUUUUGGUCAGAGGAAUGAGGAGGAGGAAAAACAAGAAUGA